AUGUCGUUAUAUUGGCCUGAUUCUGAAUUAGGACGUUUCGAAAACUCAGUAUCUCGUUUAUUUGACGAUUUUUUUAAGGAUUUUGACAAUGCUAAAAAUCCGGGAAGUGUGCGAAAAAAUAACCGGGGUUACAAGGUUCUACCUCUCGAUGUUCACGAAAGUGAAAAAGAAUUCGUUAUAAAUGCUGAAUUACCAGGAGUUACUAAGGAACAAAUUAACCUCGAUGUUCGCGAAGGUGCGCUUUAUAUUUCCGGUGAAACUAAACAAGAUGAAAAAUAUAAUGAAGGAAAUGCACAUAUUCAAGAACGUCGAUACGGAGCAUUUUCUCGUACUAUUUCUCUUCCUCGAAACGUUAAAACUGAGAAUAUUACUGCUAGGUUUGAAAAUGGAAUUCUUGAAGUGAAAAUCCCAAAAGAUGAGGAGAUGCAACCCAAGAAAAUUGACAUUAGAUAA